GAAAAGUGCAAAAUAAAUAGGAGGGGCAAGAUCAAUAAAACUUCUUCUAUAAAUAGAGCUGCAUGGGGGAAGACACUUUAUCACAUCCAAAACCAAAAGCAACACAAACACACACACCAAAAAAAAAAAAAAAAGCAUUUACUUUUAACUCAAGCAUGGCAAUGUUAAAGAACAAACACAUGACCGUCUCAUUGAUCUUGGUGUGUCUCGUUGUGGUGUCUCCAAUGGCUGAGGCUCAGCUUGGUCUUGGUGGUAGUGGUGGUCUUGGUGGUCUUAUUGGGGGUCUUGUUGGGGGUCUCGGUGGUCUGGUUGGUGGUCUUGUAGGGGGUAUUCUCAAUCUCGUCAAUAUCAAUGGGGUUGUCUUUUGCUCUCUCAAUGGUGCUCCCAGUGGCACUUCCACUCCUGCUUUCGCUAAUGCAGGAGUUGAGCUCCAGUGCGGAAGGCAAAACAGGGUCGUUUCAACAGCGACCACGAAUGCUGCCGGAUUAUUCUCGCUUCCUACGGACUCAAUUCAGAUGUUACUUUCCACACUUCUCUCUGAUUGUCGGGUCGUCGUCACGACCCCUCUCUCCACCUGCAACGCCAACCUCCCUUCCGUUGGCAACCUCGUCUCACGGUUAGCCAUGAUCGGCAAUAGUCUCACCGGCCUCCUCAACAUCAUCAGUAUCAUCCCUGCCGGCUUUGGUCUUCUUAACUGAUUCCACACUCUAUACAUACUCUAUGUUCGGUUACAGUGUGUUUCCCUUUUGUUAUAUGUUUUGUAAUCAUGACCAUUUACGUUUGCUUGCGUAUGCAUGAAUAAGGUCUAUAUAGGGCUUAUGUCUCAAUCUUCAAUGUCUUCUGUUGUCACUUUCUUUUUCCAGGGUUUGCAUGUCUAAUGCUUUUGUUAUAUGAUACAAACAAUUUCCCUUUCCAAAUAUAUAUGUCAAUUGCAUUAAAUGAAUGGUUGGGGUGAGUGUACAUGCCAAGAAGUAAAUGUCAACAGAAUAUAUGCAAUGAUUA